AUGCGGCCGGGGGGCUCCCGCCAGGCGACGCUCUUCCAGGCCUGGGGCGCCGGGCCCGGCCGCCCGGGGGGCGAUGAGGGCGGCGCGGCGAGCGGGACCUCGGCCACGGCCCCCUCCCGGGCCCCGGGCCCUUCCGCCGCGGGCUUCGUGGGCGGCCCGGCGGGUCAGCUGUGGCUGUUCCCGGCGGGCGGCGGGCUGGAGGAGCGCGGCUACCAGGUGCGGGCGGCGGCGGCGGCGCUGGAGGCCAACACGCUGCUGUGCCUGCCGACCGGGCUGGGCAAGACGCUGGUGGCGGCCGCCGUGCUCUACAACUUCUACCGCUGGUUCCCCGCCGGCCGCGCCGUCUUCCUGGCGCCCACCAAGCCGCUGGUGGCUCAGCAGAGGGAGGCCUGCGCCCGCCUCAUGGGCAUCCCCGGCGCCCACAUGGCCCAGCUGACCGGAGGUACCCAAGUUGUCGACCGGAAAGAAAUAUGGCAGAACAGGAGGGUCUUCUUUCUUACUCCUCAAAUAAUGAUUAAUGAUCUUUCCCGUGGAAUAUGCCCUGCAGCAGAAGUCAAGUGUCUGGUUAUUGAUGAGGCCCACAAAGCACUUGGAAAUCAUGCCUAUUGUCAGGUUGUGAAAGAAUUAUGCAAAUAUACCCAACAGUUCCGUGUUCUGGCUCUAACUGCCACCCCUGGAAAUGACACAAAGGCUGUGCAGCAAGUUAUUUCCAACCUGUUGAUUUCACACAUCGAACUCUAUUCUGAAGAUUCCCCUGAUAUUCGGCCUUAUUCCUAUGAGCGGCUGGUUGAAAAAUGUGUUGUUCCACUUGGGAAAGAAUUGUCUGAAAUGCGGAGUGCCUACAUCCGGGUCCUGGAAGCUUUGGCCGGCCGACUGAUUCGGUUCCGGGUUUUAGCUCAGCGAGAGGUUUCUGCUCUGACAAAAUAUCAAAUAAUUCUGGCAAGAGAUCAGUUUAGGAAAAACCCUGCAUCAUGCUUCUCGGGGGUGCAGCAGGGUAUAAUAGAAGGAGAUUUUGCUCUUUGUAUUAGUCUGUAUCAUGGUUAUGAGCUGCUGCUGCAAAUGGGAAUGCGAUCGCUGUAUAUCUUCUUACGUGGAAUUAUGGAUGGUUCAAAAGGUAUGACUCGUGCCAAAAACGAACUAAGUCGUAACGAGGAGUUCAUGGCAUUGUAUAAUCUUCUUGAAAGCACGUUUGUGGAGACAUCUGUGACUCUGGCAAAUGGCAACACGAGAUCAGGAACUGAAAAAAUGAAACCAUUCAUCUAUAGUCACCCAAAGUUAAAGAAACUGGAAGAUGUUGUUGUAGAACACUUCAGAUCCUGGAAGGAUCAUGGAGAUCAGAGCCCAGCUGAAAGCAGACCUGCUGAUACCAGAGUCAUGAUCUUCUCCUCUUUCCGUGACAGCGUCCAUGAAAUUGCGGAGAUGCUAAGUCGGCACCAUCCAGUUGUUCGGGUCAUGACUUUUGUGGGGCAUUCUACAGGCAAGAACGCAAAAGGUUUUACACAGAAGGAGCAGCUCGAGGUGGUGAAACACUUCCGUACGGGCGGCUACAACACUUUGGUCUCCACGUGCGUAGGAGAAGAAGGGUUAGAUAUUGGAGAAGUUGACCUCAUCAUCUGUUUUGACGCUCAGAAAAGUCCAAUUCGUCUUAUACAGCGAAUGGGUCGGACUGGACGCAAGCGGCAAGGCCGAAUCGUUGUCAUUCUUUCGGAAGGACGGGAAGAACGAACUUACAACCAAAGCCAGUCGAAUAAAAGAAGCCUCCUCAAAGCUAUUUCUGAAAACAAAGUGCUCCGCUUGUACCAGCACAGCCCACGAAUGAUCCCUGAAGGUGUAAAUCCGAAGAUGCACAAGAUGCUGAUUACGCCGCCAGACUGUGAGUCAGGCACUUCCCCACCCAGCCCAACGAAGGGAAGGCCCGAUGCCCUGCAGCGGAAGUGGCUUCCCUGCUACACUGCGGCUGGUGCAAAGCAGGCCAAUUCAUCUGAUUGUUGGCAUCUUACAGCAGAAGAAUUUGAAGUGUGGAAUAGAUCAUAUAAAUUGAAAACUGAGGAUGGAAUUAAAAAACCAGUAAUGCCACAAAGUCGUUUUGAAACAUUAGAAGAUGGAGAGAAGAAAAUAGACUCCCAAGCAGAAGAUGUUAACGAGCUGUCUCUGACCGAAUGGGGACUUUGGCAGAAUCGUCCUUUCCCUACUCACUUGGUGGAUCACUCGGAUCGUUGCCGUCACUUCAUUAGCGUUAUGAAAAUGAUAGAGCAAAUGAGACAUGAAGAGGAGGACUGUUGCUAUGAAUCGAACAUUCAGCCUUAUAUUCAAUGGGAAGAUGUUGAUGCUUCGGUCAUGAAGAGGCGUAAAUGCGUUCUUGAUUCUGUAGUGGCUCAAAAGGCCUCCUCAUCUCGAAAAUCCCUGGGGGUUGCAUUGAAAGCGGAACGCUGCUCCUCUUUGUUACAGGAUCUCGAUGCCGAAUGUUUGUCUCUCUUUAAAGCAACCAGCUUCAAAUCUGCUAAAAAGCCUCAAGCAUUAAAUGCAGAGUCAGAGGGUCACAGCAAUGAGAGUAGCGUUUUUUCAGGUUGUGUGCAGCUGUUCGAAGACGCCGGUCGUAAAGCCUUGCUGCAUGAAAACAAAGAGCGUAGCAGUGCCAGUGCCGGCCAUGAAAAUGCUGUGGCAAGAGAACUUCAAAGUGCUGUCGAAGACUGUAGCACAUGGGAUGGCCGUAGUGUGGAGUCUGAUUCUGGUUGCUUCUCAGAAGAGAAUUUGCUUUCGUCUUCUCUGUUUUACCUUCCUGUACUGGAGGCGGAUGGGCCUCCCAUUACCGGUCUUGAGGAAGACCCCUCUUGCGGAAGAGACAUUCUGAUCAACAUAGCAAGGCUUCUGUCGCAAUCCCCCCCGUCUUUGAAUCAACUCCUUGAUUUUGAGAGAACAAAUGAAGUCCAGGAAACCGACUCCGUGCAAAAAUGUGUUUCCAGUGUGUAUGCGGACAAUUAUUUUGAGGGAAAAAAGACUACGCACUCAGAAGUCCAGAAGCCAUCCUUGACAUCUCAUAACACCUGUCAGCUCACUGGCUCCCCAAAAGCGUGUUCCUUGAAUAACCAUCUGUUGGAAACAAGCUGUGAUCUUGAGGCCUCUGUUAACCAGAACAAUGGGAUGAACUGGGAUGAACUUUUUGAUAUUGAUGAUGAAGAGCAGAUUGGAACUGAAAGGCGAAGUUUGUCGGUGGCAAAUCGUGACCUGGCAGAGAGCCCUUUGCAAAGGGGUGUAGAGGAAGGGAGGGAGAAGUGUAAAGAUCCAGGCAGAAAUAUGAGCCCUGGUGAAGAAGGGUCUGUGUUUUUGUUUGGAAGGGAGGGUUCUUCUGAGAGGAGCAGACUUUCAGGUGGAAAAAGUAGGAAGCACCCAGGGUGCAGUACUGUAGCCGAAGAUCUGGGAGUCUCUCCGUGGCAGCCUUCCAAUGAGCAUCUCCCAGUAACUCUUGGAGACCCUGUCGGUUCAUUAAUAAUCCAGCUGGACGAAGCUAUAGAAGCAACUGACCGUGCGGGUGAAGCAAAUCUGCAUCCUGAGGAGUUGUAUGACGUUUCUCAGGAUUUGUUCUCUGUUAACUUUGAUCUUGGAUUUUCUGUUGAGGAGUCAGAGGAUGAGGCUUCGGAGCAAGUGGACAACGUGAGAAAGCAUGGAAGUCACCAAGUAGCUGAAGAUUCCCUGUCAAAUGGCAAGUUAGCAAGGCAAUUUCCAUUAACCUGCAGUAAUGCUUGUUUUGAAAGGACUAAGUUUUCUACUCCAGUGCACUUGCCAAACCAGAACUCUGGUCUAACGGUGACUAAAGAUGUCGUUCCAUUGACUUCUCCUUUGAUGCCAGCGGGAGAAAAACUGUGCAGAUCGCCGGACUUUGUAAGUUGUGAAUUCUCUACACCAAAAAGUAGGCGAACAAUGAACUCUCGAGUCCCCCGAGGAGCCAAUCUGAGUUGUUUGUUCAGAAACGUGCAGGGAAGCCCAGAGGAGGCAGUUCCAAGCAAAGCGAGAACCAGCACAGAUGAAAAAGCCUUGGCAAAUUCAGCUGAUGGUGUCGAGGGGUUUGCUCCCAAAGAAACUGGAAAUGGAGAAUGCAAAAACCAAAACAGCUGCAACCUGAUUUCUGCUGAAGUAGGUGCCAGCAGCGGAAGUGAAGAUGAAGUUGUUUUUCUUAGAAAAAACAAGAGGAAAAGAAACGUGUUGGUAUCUCCAAAUGUUAAUAACAGCAGCGAGUUUGAAUCACCAAUUCAUGCUGUUGGGAAGCGUAGACGUCCAUGCAGUGCACUGGAUUGGUCUAGUGAAGACAGCAUGGAUCUUCCCAAGAAAGCAAACAGAAUUUGCGUCACAAAGAGCAAAACACUAGUCAGAGGUGUGAAAAGGCAGAAGUGCUUAGACAGCAUCGCGAUCAAGAAUGCAGCCAAGCAGUUCAUAGAUGAAGAGGCAGAACUUUCCGAUGACGGAGCAGUGGAGGUUUCUUCCGAUGAGACGGGGGACUCAGAGCGUGAACUGAGCUCCUCCCUCAAUCAGUUUCUUAACGAUGACACACAGAUUAUGCAAGAUUUAAACGAAUCUGAGAUGCAAGCGGUUUACCUGAAAUCUGUGCGAAGCCCAGCUGUUGGCAACAGGCAAGGCAGGAUGGUGCGCAAGCCGUGUGACUUGGCAGCCAUUUUCUCACAGGUUCCAGAGCAGGAUGAGAGCUACUUAGUGGACAGUUUCUGCGUCCGGGAGGACGAGGAGGAGGGUCAACCCAAGAGCAGCUCGAGUGAAGGGGAGGAAAUUUGUCUCGACUUUGACCUCUUAGAGGAGGAGAGUUUUGCAGACGGGAGAAAGCAGUAUUGUACCCGGCGCAGGAAAAAGCUGGAAAAGACCCAUGCAGAAAAGCCUUCUGGGAGGCCACUGCUGCGGGAAAAACCCUCCCGGGUUCGGAUUUUGGACAGUUCUAGUGAAGAUGAAGAAAGGGUCGAUUCUGAGCAGCUGGUGGAAUCACUACCCAACGGUGACACUGCUGCCGGCUCUCAUUUAGUCCCAUCACUGGCUUCGGACCGCUCCCGCCACCGCAGAAUUUCCAGCCCAGAGAAUCAGCGUCAUCCACCCCAGGAGAGCAGAGCCCAGAUACUCCUAGGCCUGAAAGCUUCCUUGGCAGAAGAGUUGGACUUCCAGCCUCAGUGCAGAGAUCCAGGCAAAUCUGAGCUACGAGGCCGGGACUUCCAGAGUACAUUGAAGCCAGGGGACUCUUCACGCUGCUCCUCUGCUUCCACGCGGCUGCCCCUUGGCUCCCUGGAGAAACCAGCGCCCCUCUGCAUUCUGGCGGACAGUCGGGAGAUCUCCUCUGGACUCAAUGUCAUCUCUGCUCUGAGGGCCGUCCACGGCAUCAAGGUUCAGGUGUGCUCCCUGGGCAGCUGCGAUUACAUUGUCAGCAAUCGGCUGGCGGUGGAAAGGAGGUGCCAAACGGAGCUGCUGAAGAGCACACACAGGAGCAAGGUGGUCCAGCGGGUGCAGCAGCUGAAGAGCAAGUUUGACAGGAUCUGUGUGAUCAUUGAGAAGGAGAGAGCCAGAGCAGGAGAGGCCCAGAAAGGGUUCCACAGAACCAAGCACUACGACGGCCUCCUGUCAGCCCUCCUCCGGGCCGGGAUCCGAGUGCUGUUCAGCUCCUGCCAGGAGGAAACGGCCAAGCUGCUGAAAGAGCUGGCCCUGGUGGAGCGACGCAAGAACGCCGCCAUCCUUGUGCCUGCGGAGGUGCAAGGGCCCAGCCAAGAUGCCCUCCACUUCUACCUCAGCAUGCCCUGCGUCAGCUACGUGAUGGCUCUGGCCCUGUGCCACUGCUUCCGCUCUGUGAAAGAGGCGGCAAACAGUUCUCCAGGUGAGCUGGCAGCCCGUACCCAGGUGAGCCAGCAGAAGGCGGAGGAGGUCUACCACUACAUCCACUAUGGCUUUGACAAGCAGAUGUUACCUGAGAGGAUCACGUAAGCGGCUGUAAAUCUGAGCUGGCCGCCGGAUCAAACAGAUGCACUUUAUUGCUAUUGCCUGAUUGUCUUGUAAAUACAUAAAUGUAA